UAAUUAUCUUCCGCCGUUUUCACGAAGAAAACAAGACGAAGAGAACAGAGAGAAGAACAAAAAAGGGUUUCUUCUUUUCUACUGCCACCGACGCGAACCCAAACGGAUUUCGCCGCCGCCGCCCAUACUCUGCCGUCCAGUCUCUGCUCCGGCCAGAGGAGGCAUCGCCGACCAUAUCUGCUGCUCCGGCAUCCUUCCUUGGCCGCUAGAUCCGGCCAAAAUCGUCACGCCCAAAGGUGCCUGCCGCCUCUAUUGUGCCGACGAAGCCCCGCGAAUUUUCCUAUCUCCUUCCACGGCCCUUGGCCCUCGAGCAGAGUUCGCGUCUUCCUCGAAUUUUCCUGGUUCGGAAUAGGGAUUGAAGCCCGAAGCGACAGCCUCCCAUCGCGGGCUGAGAAGAAGCCUCAGAAGCACGGCCUGCUCUCCUCUCCGGUUCUCCAACAGCAAUCUUGAUUUCAGCGAUCUCCCUCGGUUCGGAAAAGGGAUUAAAGUUCACAGUGGCCUCCUCUCCUGUCGAUUUGAGCAGAAUCUGCAGCGUUUAGUUUGGCUCCCACAUCGUCCCUUGUCCCGCUUCCACUACGCACGGAAAAAUAACUGUAUUCUUCAUAGCUGAGCUCUGUCACGGAAUGGGAAGAGCUCGCCUAUCCUCCUCACGGUCGUUUUCAUCUGACAGCGAGAGCUCCGAUAAGACUGAGAAAAGAAGUAAGAAGAAAGAGACGAGUAGGUCUAGCCGUCACAAGGAGAGCAGUGGACAAAAAAAGAAAAGACACUCCAAGUCCGAGAGAAGGCGGGAUCAUGAGGAGCGUCGGGGAAAGAGAAGGGAUAGGAAGAAGUUGGAGAAGAGGCAUAAGAGUCGGAGGAAAAAGGAUGGCAGUGACGAUUCAGAUUAUUCUCAUUUUUCAUCUUCUUAUUCCGGUGAGGAUUCCGUCUCUCAAUCGUCCAGACCUGAAGCAAUUACUCGCCUCUUCCUUCAGAAAUUUCCGAAUGCUGCAGAUGAUCUAAAGCAGCUUCUUCACAUGAUCGAUAGUGGACAAGGUGUUGAUGUAGGAGGAAUUUCAGAUAAGUCACUGGUGAAACUUCUAAGACGUCUCUUCCAAUCUUUAAACCUAAAAAAAAAUGAUUAUGGUGUUUAUUUGUUGCAUCGAAAAGGCAUUCCAACUUUAGAUAUUGUUGGUCCAAUACUAUGCCCAUAUUUGAAAACUGGAGAUAGUCUGCAUCCUGUGUCCAAAGAACCACAUACUCAAGUGUCUUCACCAUCCGAACAUUCACCUAAGGACCAAGCUGAAAAUGACACAAACCUAAAUGAGUUACAAGAUGAAGGACCAACACCUGGAAGAAGAAGGCGCGCCCGAGGCAUGAGGCACACAAGGCACGAAAAAGCGCAUUUUUCCACGCAGGCGAGCGUUGUUCAUCAGGUGCACGCCUGGGCGCGCCUAGGCGCGCCUAGGGCAUCUUUGCACCUCAACUUAGGCGCGAUCGAGAAAUUGUUCACGAGGCGUGCCUCGAUCGCGCCUCAGUUGAGAUGCAAAGGCGCCCAGGCAUGCCUUGCGUGGAAAAAAGGCGCUUUUCCUAGCGCCUUGUGCGCCUCACUCCUUAGGCACCCCUUUAACAACAUAGGCUACAUCACAUAUAGAUUGAUUGGACCUGAAAUGCCAUCUCGAGAAGUAUUGGCUGCUGCUGCUGAGUUGACAGAGGCAGAAUGUUUGCUAAGGGAAGCUGAGCUGGACAUUGACAGUGAAUUGCUCAUUGGCCCCCCUCCUCCCGCCAUAGUUUCGGAAGCUGCAUCUGCAAAUGAAGCUGAACGCUUUGAGGAGGUAGCUCGGAUUGUCAGUGCUGAUGUUGAUAAACCAUAUGACAUUCUUGGAGUCAAUUGGAAGAUGUCAUCUGAAAAUAUCAAGAAAAGAUACUGGAAGUUAUCUCUUUUGGUGCAUCCCGACAAAUGUACUCACCCUCAAGCACACCAGGCAUUUGUGUUAUUGAACCAAGCAUUCAAAGAUUUACAGGAUCCUGACAAGCGUAAGAGCCUUGAUGAUAAGAUUAAAAAGCGAGAGGAAGAAGAGGAGAUGAAGGUGGAAUUGCGAGCACUACGCGAAGCUGCUGAGUGGAGGAAAUCACAAGGGAUAUCAAUGGAAGGUGAUGAUGAACUUCUCGCUAUGCCUAUGGCACCCAUAAAUCAGGAUGAGCGGGAACCAUCAAAAAGGGAAGAAUGGAUGACAACAUUACCUCCUGAAAGAAAACCAGGAAUGACUAUGCAAUCAACUUCAUUUAGUAGGACCACUAAAGAGGGCCGAGGUGAUACUAGCGCUUGGACUGACAACCCCCUGGACAAGGCUCAAAAGGCAAAGCAGAAUUAUUUGGAAGCUUAUAAUAAAGCCAAGACUCUCGGCGAUGUUGAGGGUGAAAAGGAAAGAAAGACGAAGGAUGCUGACUUAGUUGACAAAUAUAAUGCUUCAAAACGUUCAGUAUCUCUGGUGCAAAAACACAGAGAGGAGACUUCUCGUCCAAAAAAGAAAGUAAAGCGUCCAGAGAAAGAUGAAUGGGAAGGUCAGCAUCCUUGGAAACCUUGGGACCGUGAGAAAGAUUUGACUGCUGGGCGGAAAAAGGUCAACUUUGAUGCUGACAAUAUGUCACAAGGAUUGUCCUCUCGCUUCUCAUCUGGAUCAGUGCAGAGGAAUUUCUUAUAAGGAGUCCCGUUAACCCCAAAAGGCUCAUCUUAUUAUUCAGAUUUUGAAGACAUUUGGAUGAGGAAUUAGAUCUCUGAACUGAAACUUUACUCGAGAGUUCUGCUUGUACUUGUUUCUCAGUAUCCGGAUUGCAAGAAUACGAAGGCAAGAUAAAUUAAUUCUCUGGUGUAUAUUUUUCAAGUUGAAUCCUCCAUGUCAGCAAGUUCAGAUCGUAUGUUCUUUGUACUUGCACGAUGCUUGUAACUACAUAAAUCUACAUGUAAAAUAUUAAUUAAAAAAAAAGUGAAUUAAGAUUUAAUUUGGCAAGUGUUUCAGGAUGAUGGUCAUCCAAAUAAAUUGAAUUGGCAAACUCUAA